UCACACACAGCUUACCUCUGAGCCAAGGAGAACCUCUGUCAGUGUGGUAACGGUUGACACAGCAGAUGGCAACGCUUGCAGGGAUGCUGAAAGACAGGUAGAGGACACUCUUGCUGAGUGGUGGUGAAUUUAUAUGGGAAGGACUACCUGAUCACAAUGACGUUUCAAGACACUGCCUUCGUCACCUGCUGUUAUCAAACAAAUGCAGUUUAACCUCUUAAAACUCAAUGUCCCUGCAUUUCCUGCUUAAUUGCUAGAAUUCCCAGCAAUUACAUAAUCUGACUGCUCAACACAUCAUCAGGUGCUCUCAUUAGUUUUGAGAAGCCCCUCCACCUUCCCUGAUGAUGCGGACAGACAGCAAAGGCCGAAGCGCCUCCCCGCACCGGAUAACCUAUAAGUCUGACUUCCACGCCAUCAAAUGUUCAUUCGACUCUGCGACCAGUCUACGACCUGGGCCCAAAGCUACCGCUGCCCAGCUCUCUGCUGUGCACCCAGCCAGGCUUCCUUCCAGCCUGUCAGAUCACAUAAUGUCCAGCAGCACAGGCAGCAGAGGGCGAGUCCACAGCACCAGGGGGACAAAGAUCAGAGACAACAUCUUCCUGCAAAUGGACAACCAGCAGCUGAAUCAAGAGGUUCCUGUGCAGAGUUCUGGCUCAACACCCCUUCUUCCUCCCAAUAACUCCACCCCACUGCUUCAAACUUCACCUUUCUCUACAUCCAGACUUUCUAUUAUCAGUUCCUCGUCUGCUUUGAACUACACGGCAAACCUUUCUAUUCCAGAAUCUUCUCUGCAGGAUAAAUCACCCAGAUCAGAGGAGAUUGCUAAUAUUGACAGAGCUGCUCUGGCCCAGAAAUUUUCUGUAACCCGGAGGUUGUUUGAGACCAAGAGGAUGGAGGAUGGAUGUGACGGAGGGCUGGCUUCAAAAUGUGUUGCUGGCAGAGGAAGCAAGGGAAUGGCAGAUGAAGAAGGGAUCGGAAAAGUUAACCAAGAGGAAAGAGAGGAAGACAAAAAUGGGAAAAGGAGUCAGGCAGAGGAGGAUAGCUUUGAUAAAGACAAAUCAAUAAACCUACCCAUCAUAAAUAAUUUCCUGGAGAACCCUCCUGCACAGGCCUCGCUGACAGAGCACCCUAAAUCUCCUGCAUCGUUCGGCCCUAGUGAAUCAUCCAACACAUCUCCCUCCUGUCUUCACAAACAUGGUCAAACCACAGGAUCACAAACGGAGGAAGAAAGAACAGCAAGCACAACCCUUGACCCCUGCUUGACCCCUGAGGAUUCAGUGAGAGCAGAACUAGUGGACGUAAAGAACGGGUCAUCUGAAAGUGAUGACAAUGACGAAGAGAAGGAGGGGGGAAAUGUCAAAGACAGGCUUAUGGAGGAGUCGGGAAAGGACAUGUACAAAGUUGCAGGGGAACGUGUUCAGGAGCUGGUUGAUGAUGUUUUUGAAGAGCCCAGCAUGUCAUGUAAAAUAGAGACAAAGCAUGACAGGAAAGGUGGCAGAGACAAGUAUGAGCAGGUGAAUGAAGAAGGGGAGGGGCAGAACGGAGAGUUUAUUCCACUGACUGAGAAGUCAACAGAAACAAGGGACAACGUGGAGAAAAAGACUGUUGCCGGAGUGGAAGAAAAUGCUGGAAUGACAGAAAGAGACAUGAUGCAAGAGGAGGGUAAUGACAAAGAAGCUGAGAGAUGCAGUGUGGCGAACAAGAAGGGUGGAGAAGAGGAAUAUAAACCAAGCCAUGGAGAGGUCAAAUCUGAAGAAGUAGAAGAGGGAACAACUUCCGAGCUGCAAGAGGAGGUCAAGCAUGUGGAGGAGAGAGAGCGUACUGAUGGAAAAGAGGAUAUAGGAGGAGGAAAAGAGGACCAGACAGGAUCUGAAGUUACUUCUUGGAUUGAAAACGAGGCUUUCGUUCAUGAGCAGCAAUCUCCGUCUAAUCCAGAGACCUCUAUCCAUGGACAUUUGCAUUUAUUGCAAUAUGAGGAAAUUCCUGGUUUGCCUGAACUGGACAAUCGGGAGGAAGACGAGGAGGAAGGGAAAGCAGAAGUGGCAAAGAGAAAGGUCAGGUUCACCUCCGCACCAAUCAAGGUGUACAACACUUAUUCUAACGCGGAGUACGACAGACACAAUGAGGACAUUGACCCGGUGUCUGCAUCGGCUGAGUUUGAGUUGGAGAAGAGAGUGGAGAGAAUGGAUGUCUUCGCUGUGGAGAUAGAGAAGGAAAACGAGGGUCUGGGCAUCAGUAUAAUAGGAAUGGGUGUAGGAGCUGACCAGGGACUGGAAAAACUAGGUAUCUUUGUGAAGACCGUCACUGAAGGAGGAGCAACACAGAAGGAUGAGAGGAUUCAGGUGAAUGACCAGAUAGUGGAGGUGGAUGGGGUGAGUUUGGUUGGAGUCACCCAGCUGUUUGCUGCCACAGUCCUCAAGAAUACGUCCGGCGUUGUCAAGUUUCUGAUUGGCCGAGAGAAGGAGGGUGUGGAGAGCGAGGUGGCACGACUGAUCAACGAAAGCCUGGAAAUGGAUGAAACACCCAGAAAGAGUGAAAGAUCAAGUGGGGAUGAGGAACAUGAUCGUAGCAUGUCAGAGAAGUCAGCGGAAGAGGAAGAGGAAGAGGAAUAUGAAGAGGUGGACAUGUCUGUUCUUUCCAAUCUGGACAACGACCAGCUUUGUUUCAAAUACCUGCAGCUUCAGUCAAAACUACAAAGCAAAGCGUCCCAACUUCAUUGCGCUAGAGAAAAGUUAAAGGAAUGGGAGGAGCAGCAGGCCCAUUGGCAGGACCAGAGAGACGAACUGGAGCAAAUAGUGCAGGAUGGAGAGGACAAAGCCGACAAACUAGAGAAGUACUGGCAGGAGGCCCAAACCCUGUGCAGGGUUGUGAGCCAGCGACUGGCUGAUGCCCAGAACCAAUCAGAAAGCUUGGAGAUCAAAUACAGCAAGGCCAAGAGACUGGUCCGAGAAUACCAGAACAGUUUCAGAGAAGAGGAGAGGGAGGGCAGAGAAGCAGAUUUAAGAAGAGAAAUGGCAGAGAAAGAUAAGCUGCACAGAGAGACAGUUGAAAGACUGCAAAUCCAGAUAGCACAGCUAGAGGGGAAAGAGCCUGGAGAAGAGAGGAAGAACCACUCUCUGGACACUUCAGUCACAGGUCCAGACUGGUGCAUUCUGGUUCCUGAUACAGGACGUCUAGACUCCAGUGCUCACAAAGCCAGAGCUCAGCUGGCCCAGAAAUCCAAGCGGCACCCGCCCUCUCGGGACAAACUCAGAAAGAGCUUUAGGAAGCGGGAAGAUGAGAUUCAGAAACAACAGGAGAGUCUAUCGCUGUCUGCUCCCGCGAUGACCCAAAGGAGCAGCAGGAGUGACCUGUCCAGCACUUCGUCUUUCUCAGGCCUCAGCUCUCAACUUCCAAACAACUCUGUCUUCACCCCUCCCAUCUACAUCAAUGACACCGGCAAUACUUCACCCUGCAAAUCCUCCGCUUCCAGAAAGUCCAAAAAGAAAUUUCCUGACUUUAGUGGUCUUCGCAAGUCUCUUAACAAAAGGAGAAGUGAAAAACACGGCAAAGGGUCCAUAACCAACAGAGGGUCGUAUGGUGACUUGGUGGAUGAGCCCGAUGGCAUUUCUCCGUCAGGUUCCGUCACCUCCAUGCCAUCCUGCUUGCCCUUCCCCUGGUUUGGAGAGCGAGGGAGAGAAAAAGAGGGGGAAGGUGAGAGAGGAAGGGAGAGACUGCGCUCUGUGUCCAGCAGCAGCUUACCCUACCUGACCACCAGGGGCAGGAGAGAUCAGAGUAUUGGCUCUCCAGUGGGCAGCUCCAGCAUGGUGGGUCAUGUCUCUGUUGUCUCCCUCUCUGGACACUCUCAAACUUUCACCUUUUCCUCCACUGAGACGUUGGACGAUGACCCAAAUCCAACCAAUAACAACAACCAGUGGCAAAAUCGGCCCAUCUCGGAGUGGGACAGCCAGCAGGUGUGUCUGUGGUUGAUCACUAUGAACAUGGAGGAGUACGUGCCACAGUUUGCUGCCAGAGGAGUAGACGGGACACAGUUGAUAAACAUGGACACCGACAAACUCAAGGCUCUUGGGGUGUGCAGUCAAAGUGACCGGUCUGCCCUCAAGAGGAAGCUGAAGGAGAUCAAGAAAAGAGGGGAAAAGGAACUGAAGAAAGGCGAGAAGAAGCAGGAAAAGGAGAAGAACAUAGUUUUGCAUACGGAGGGAGAAGACAAAGAGCAGGUGAUGGUGGAGAAGUGUGUGAAAGAUGCCAGACUCGGUGUCAGAACUGAGUCACUCUUAUAAAAGGAGAGACGGAGGUGAUGUCGGAGAUACACCACCAGCAGCAGGAGUGUGUGUUUGCAGCCCAGCAAGCACCACAGAUGGACUUGAACCAAUUUUAUAUUAAGUCAAUAGAAACAGCUAGAACUACUCCGCACAUCCUAUAUUGUUCACAUCUUAAAGCUAUCAUUUAGGAUACAGAACACUUCUUGUUUGAAUUGAUAGACAUACUUGUUGGACCAGCACCAAAAUUCACACCCACAACAGCAGUUAUGUAUCUCUUUGUGUGUGUCUUAAGUGUUUCUUUUU